ACGCGAUAAAAGUCUUCUCAUCAUUUUACUUCUGCGUUGUGUCUCGGUCGUGACGGACCACUCUUUCGGUGUUAUUCCUCCGCGAAUCGCGCAGUUAGCAGUGCUGGUGUUUUAUUGUUGUGACUCUAGUGAAGUUCACUGUCUUGGAGGACUAACUUAUCAACAAGAUCCCGCUGAUUCCAGGACGAUCCUGAGACAUCAAGCAACAAAUCCUUUUGAAGGAUUAAAAUUUGAAAAUUUUCAACUCAAAAUUCAAAGAAAGAUGGUUAAGUGAACAAAUCCCGCCAAAAAGUCAGAGACAUCCAGGACAAUCUCUGGAACCAAAAUAAAAGGAUUAAGACAGACAGUGUUUCAGUGAUCUCCUGAAGAAAUGCCAGCUGUUGAGGCAAUGAAAAGCCCCGUGAUCGGUGAAAAGUGAGAAAGUGAAAAAAAGAGAUUUGCAAACAGGAGCAAAACGACAACUUUUAGGAAUAUCCACAAUUUAUACAAAAACUAUUACCCACAAUGCUCAUCGAUUGGCGGGAUGUGAUGACAAGUCUGGUCUUCCUCGGAGCUGUGUCAGCAGUCCUGGCAGCUGAUACCCCAGCUCCAGAUACAGCCUCCUCUCCUAGAUAUGCUCCUGCAGCACCAAAUGAUAAUCUCCAACCACCUCCGUUACAAAUUCCUGGCCAUUUUGCGCCAGGACAGCUUCCGCAGCGUCAGCAUGAGCCAUCCUUUUUUCAACGUAUCGCUAGCUUCUUUGGUUUUGGCUACGCCAAGAGAUCGACACCUCCUCAGCCAGUUCAGACUCAGGUUCCUCCUUCCAAAUAUCAGAACACGCAAAGAUCUUCUCAGGUCUCUUCGGAUGCUUCUGUCCAUACUGCAUAUCCUGUGAACUCUUACACAGUUCCGGCUUACUCGAAUCCACCACAACUGCAGCAGAACUUUCAACAGAACCACCAACAGAAUAUACAACAGAAUAUACAACAGAAUCCGCACCAGAACCUGCAACGACAGGUGGUUUCUGGACCGGACAGUGCAUACUUCCCGUGCAAUAAAAUGCCAUGGGUGCCAAUGUACAAUGGCGCCGAGAUACCUGUGAAUACGCCAGAAAAGGUGCAGGAGCAACAAAAAGCUCCCUAUAAUUACCAUCCAGCACCCUUGCAGAAUUCCUACCUGCCACCAGCAAAGCAACAAGUUGCUAAUAUCUGGUCUCAACCUGUAACGAGUCCUGAGUACCUUCCUCCGCCACAGCUUCUGCCAAUCCAGGACCAGAAGCAGCAUCAUCUGGUACCCAUACCAGUACCCAAUCUCAGUGUCACACCCAUUCCUCCACUUUACGAUUACAAACCCUUCGCAGCGAUUAAAGUCAAUGGGGCUACCCAACAUGAUGCUCAAGGAGUCGCAAAGAUCACCAACAUCAUCGUUGGGACAAAUGUUGAAAAGCCCAACAAUCCCAAUCCUAACAGGUUUUACCUACCUCCUUCUCAAGAAUCUGGAGGAUACCACUACCCACGGCCCUUAGGGAAGUCUCCCAAUGGAGGAGGAGAUGUCACCACGAACUUUGAUCCUCAUUCUCAGGUAGAAACCUUCGCCCCAACAAUCUCUCCAUCACAGAAAAUUGUCUCCAAGGAGACCUACAAUGAUCUCCAGACGGACUUUGAGAUCAUCAAGAGCAUACCUCUUGUUCAAUUCACUUCCUCGGUUCACUUCCCUAGCCAGAUUGUCCAGCCAGUCUUGACAACAGUAGCUCCGGAAGUUGUUGAAGUUAGUUCACCAGUUGUCGAGUUGCUGGCCCCCUCCAAUCAGAAGUACAUCUCUCAGCCCAUUGUGGUUGAACAUGAAGAGAGCACGGAUAGUUACACAGCUGCAUCUUCGCACAACAUUACAGUCCAGCAGGAUAAUUUAGAGAACGUUGAAAAUUUCCUGGACACGAGGGAUGCUGUAGUUGUGGCUCCUCCAGAAACGUUCAAUUUCACUGAAGAUGAUGUCAGAGCUGUGAUUCAGGCAGCAUCAGAACAUGGGAAGCGAAUUCCUGGAAAGAAAGACCGGGAGACGCCAAAAAAUCUUCUUGAUUCGCCCAUUUUCCAUGCCAUCAAGUCAGGAAAUGCUCCAAAGCCUUUUACACGAGAUCCCAGUGACUUACGGGUAUCCCAGAGACCAGAACAUACACCAUGGCUUCCCACAACGACACCCUGGACAACAUUUUCACCCUACCGGGAACCACUGAAGCCCACAUCGUCAUCCAUUGAGGCUAGUGGGGCAAAAUCUGGUUUGGAACCUCCUCCUCCGCCACUUCCUCUGGAUUCUAUCAAUGUGAUCACGAAGAGGCCCAAACAAAUUCAGAUUAUCAUUCCCUACACAUCCAACAAUCAUCCUCAACCCUUCAAGCUUGCUGAUGACUUCAUCCGGGAGGGUGAGAUAAAAAUGCCGCCUCUACGAGGCUUCAGCAAAUGGUCGAAUACUCACAAUGGCCAGGAAUUUCAUGCUGAAGAAGAAUCCCAGUACAUCACUGCCACACAAACUCCAUCACACAAAUCCACAAGAUUUAUCAAUAGAAUCGUUAGGCCAACAAUAAAUAUCCGGGAAUUACUGAGGAAUGAGAAGGAUGUCACUCAGAUUUCGCCACUCCCGUUUGAUCUUGUGACCCUGCAGAAGAACAUCGAUGACUGGACAGAGCAGGAAUUUGCUGCUGAACCCCACAAAGCUAGUACCAUUUCGCUUUUGGCGCCAUCGAAAAAAAUCCCUGAUGAGUACUUGACCACUCCCUCAAUGGAUGAACUAUACUACCAAACUACUACCCUGGAAACAACCCAGGAUUAUGACUCAACCUCCUAUGAACUCCCACAGUCGGAUGAGAGUUCAAUGGAUGAGAUUGAAAAUCGGAGAGCUACGGAACCCAUUGAAGACAAUGAAGUUCAACACGAGGAUGAAUACUUCAAAACAGAGAUCAAUCCACCACUUUGGGGGCACCUCAAAGUAGCCAUUUCCCCAUUGACCCAGGAAAAGAUCUACGUAGUUACUCCUCAACCGCUCAGGGAGAACUUUGAGGAAGGUGCAGGACAGGAUGUAGCAGGCUUCAAGUCGCCACGGUUUACACUCGGAAGUCGACCAACGCCUGGAGCCUCAUCUGCAGGAAGUACGUCCUACAUCUUGGGAUUGACGCUCUCCCAAUCAGUUAAUAGCCUUCAGAGUAAGCCAGCACCCUAUGUUCCGGAGUUGUUUGGCAAAUUGGCCACAUCGCCUUUUGUCAAUGUUUCUUCUGAGGAACAGGAUGAACUUCCUUCCAGAAAAAUCACAAUAAUAACACCAUCUCCAAAUCGUAAGAAAUUCACAGAGAAUAUUUUAGAAAGGAGAGAUUCUCGGUAAAAGGACAUUGGAUGUGUCUUAAGGAGAAGCGAAAAAAUGGGAGACUGAAUAAAAGUGACAAAAAAAAGAAAUCUUGCAAUACUUUGAAAUUGAUUAGGAAAUGAACAAUAAUUUUCUGUGUUUAAAAUUAAAUAAGUGUAAGUAAGUUUAAAGUAAAAUAAGUGAAUGAGGUGAUUCUUGUUAAUUUCUAGAUAAUAUUUUAUGCUUAAAUCUAUGCUCAAGAUGCAAAGCCUAAGGCAUACCUAAGUUUGCCAACAAUGUCUUCAUCAUUAAAUCUUUGCAAUAUUCACACCAAUUGAGAAAAUUACCAACUUGGAGUUGUAAUUUUCCUACAUGGCGUGUGACACCUUUAUUUCAAUUUCUCUCGAAAAUUGAAUAAUCUUGAGCAUUACUUUGUAUCUUUUUCCAAUUGAAUUUUCGACGUUGUACAUAAUUUCUGGAAAAAAAUAAGAACGAAGCUGCGGAGUAAUUUAAGAUGGUAUUUAAGACGUGUGUAAAGUAUAUAAUUGAAAAAAAGAAAAAGAAAAUGUGUAACAAUUAAAAA